AUGGCGAGCAAUACGGGUCUGAAUGUUCGCGCCCACGCCCUUGGCAUUCUCCUCGCAUGCAUCGCCCUCUCAGGUGUGGUCCCCACAAGUGACUCCAGCACCCCGAGAGUGGCCGCAUGGGCCACUUUCAAUCGGCGCGCAGUGUUCCACGCCCUCAUCUCCUCGUUCCAUCUGUCCGCAGGCACCCUGGGAGUGACGGCGCAGCCCUCGCUCCGGUGGCGCAAGGCGCUCAACGUGUCGACCGUGUUUAACGCCGCCAAGUUCGGAGCGGGCACGCAGAGCACUCGCAGCGGCUUCAUCGGCCUGCCUUACAGUAUGCUCCGCACCCCUCCCGCCCCUCUCGCCCCUUUCGCCCCUGCCACCCCUCCCGCCCCUCUCACCCCUGUCGCCCCUGCCACCCCUGUCGCCCCUGCCACCCCUGCCGACCUUGUCGCUCCCGUCGUCGCUAUCGCAUGCUUGGUAGCAGGCAUGGCCGUGUUGCAUGUGUUAGCUUCCAUUCUCUCACGCCCCCCACCGCCACUUUAUCCCGCCACCCCAAUCCGGGAGGUGUACGCGAAGCUCACAGGCAAGGCCGUUCCGGGCUCUAAGGGGGACAAGGGAGCACAUGGAUGGCUCGAUAUCAACAUCUACAAGUGA